AGGCAGUCGCCGUCUUCUCUGCACGCGCCCUGCUGAGGCUUGGCAGGAUGGAGCCGACGCCGGCACAGGCGAGGAGCAGCGAUGCCUUGCAGAGGAGUCCCAAUGCAGGGACGCCUCAACCUUGCGCGGAUCCUAAAGCUGGCACAGGCCAGGACGAAGCGCCGCCGCAGCUCUUCUUAAUUCAAGGUGGAGCUUUUCUUGCUACUGUUGCUUCUGCAGGAAUUCUAGCGGGUUUUGGUACCACACUUGCCAUGGCCAAAAAGAAAAAUCCGAACUGGUUCAAUAAGGGUAUAGUUGCUACAGCUGCAUUACCAGAGAGUGGUGCAUCACUUGCCUUACGAGCCCUAGGAUGGGGUACACUGUAUGCCUGGUGUGGAGUGGGCCUGAUCAGUUUUGCUGUCUGGAAGGCUUUGGGUGUUCACAGUAUAAAUGAAUUACGGAACAAAAUCCAAUCUAUAUUUCCAUCAGUUCCCCAAAAUGCAGCACACCCACUUGAAUGGGAGGACAUUCUGAAAUCCAAGUGACUGGCACAUGGAGGCACUCAGAUCAAAUUGCUGAGGACUGAAGUACUGUACCUAUGAAAAUGUGCUGCUAUGAAGAAUGGAAAAGAAUCGCAGUCAGUUGCACAGACCACAAGAUCUUCGUUUACUCAAGCUAAAAUUUGUUCUUUGGUUUUGGUUACUACAUCAGCUUGUGGUAUGAGCUAUAACAAUGUAAACCAGUAUGAAGAAAUGAGCUCAGUAAGUUUCAGCAAAAAGGCAAAUCUCAGUGGUAAAUACAAUUAUUAUAAUUUGUG